AUGAGUGAAAAUGAGUCAUUCGACUCAUUCUAUAGCAAGCUGAUUAAGUUCAAUUUGGGUGAAGAAACAGAGGAAUCAAAGAUAGUGAGGAAAAUCCUUCGAUCAUUGCCGGAGAGCUUCCAUGCAAAAGUUACAGUAAUUGAAGAGAGUAAGGAUUUUGAUGAUAUCAAGGUUCAAGAACUAAUUGGCUCACUUCAAACAUAUGAGAUGUCGUUGCCAUCAAAAAGGAAGAGCAAAUCCCUUGCGCUUAAGACAAUUAAUGAGAGGGUGGAAGCUCACAAAUCUUUGGAUGAGGAUGAGGUCGAUAAAGAUGUGGCAUAUCUUGUGAAGAAUUUUCGAAAGUUCUUAAAGUUCAAGAAGAAUGGAAAGAAAGAUGAGAAGGGCUCUCAAUCCUCUCAAGGAAUCACCUGCUUCGAAUGCAACGAACAUGGACAUCUCAAGAAAGAGUGUCCCAAUUAUUUGAGAGCGAAGGGCAAAGUGUAUGCUACUACUCUAAGUGAUUCAGACUUCUCUAAUUCAGAUUUAGAUGAAAGCUGUGAUGGAGAGGGAAACUUCUCUGCAUUCAUGACCAUUGCUCUUAUGGAAUCUUCGGAUGAUUUGGGUGCGCUUGUGGAAGAGCUUGGUGAGCACACUGAAUUGGAGUCAAUUGGGAUAGUUGAGGAAUCUAAUGAUGAGGAAGAUGAAGGAACAAUGGGACUGCAAGAGACCUACAAUUCUCUCCUUGAGAAGACCAGUGAAUAUGCAAAAUUGGUUAACGCAGCCAUUAAAAAGAUGAAAAGGGCAGAGGAAGAUUAUAGAAGUCUUCUAGUGCAAUACAAGGAGACUAAAUGUGAAAUGGAGACGUUGAAUGAAGAGCUGAUCGAAGCCUACUCAAAGAUAAAAUUUCUUGAGCUUAAGGUGGUUCAAGCUAAUGCUAAAGUAGAGCAAGUCUCCUCCAAGAAGCUUGAUGAAUUGCUUGCUCAUCAAAAACCAUUCUCCGAUAGAAGCGGGUUAGGAUACACCAGAGAAAGCAAUUUGGCUGCGAAUAUAUCCAAGGAAAUGAAGUUUGUGAAAGCCAAAGAACUGAUGGUAGCUACCACGAAUGCUAAGAAAGUGAAGUCAGAAAAGAAGAGAAAUGUGACUGACCAACGGUUUAUGACUAAGCCUCCUAACCAAUCAGCGGUCAAACCUAAGGGUAAAGGGAAAUCACUCCCAAAGUCACAAAGAGGUCCGAGAACCCAACACUUCUGCCAUCACUGUGGAAUUCAAGGUCACACUAGACCAAAUUGUCAUAAGCUUCAAGCAUUGAAGAAUUCAAGAGCUUAA